CUGUCAUUGCUAAUUUAUAUCUAGGAAAUUAUGUCUACUUUGAAAAUUCUUCAAGUAACCCAUAUUUGAUACGAAGAAUAGAGGAGCUCAAUAAGACUGCCAAUGGAAAUGUGGAAGCAAAAGUGGUAUGUUUCUACAGAAGAAGAGACAUAUCAAGUACACUUAUUGUAUUGGCAGACAAACAUGCAAGAGAAAUGGAAGAAGAGAUGGAAAAUCCAGAAAUGGUUGACUUACCAGAAAAACAGAAGCAUCAGCUACGACAUCGUGAGUUGUUUCUCUCACGGCAGCUGGAAUCUCUGCCAGCUACACAUAUUAGAGGCAAAUGCAGCGUUACUCUGUUAAACGAGACAGAAUCCCUUAAAUCAUAUCUGGAACGGGAGGAUUUCUUCUUUUAUUCGCUAGUAUACGAUCCUCAACAAAAGACUCUACUUGCUGAUAAAGGAGAGAUUCGAGUUGGAAACAGAUACCAGGCAGAUAUAACAGACUUAUUAAAAGAGGGUGAGGAUGAUGGAAGAGAUCAGUCAAAACUUGAAACAAAAGUUUGGGAAGCCUUUAACCCGCUAGUAGACAAGCAGAUAGACCAGUUCCUUGUGGUAGCACGGUCUGUUGGUACGUUUGCCCGAGCACUAGAUUGCAGUAGUUCUGUCAGACAGCCAAGUUUGCACAUGAGUGCUGCAGCAGCCUCUAGGGACAUCACGCUGUUCCAUGCUAUGGACACUUUGCACAAAAAUGUCUAUGACAUUUCCAAGGCAAUCUCUGCGCUUGUGCCACAAGGUGGGCCAGUCCUGUGCAGGGAUGAGAUGGAGGAGUGGUCUGCUUCAGAGGCAAACCUUUUUGAGGAAGCACUAGAAAAAUAUGGAAAAGAUUUCACUGACAUUCAGCAAGAUUUUCUCCCAUGGAAGUCCUUAACGAGCAUAAUAGAAUAUUACUAUAUGUGGAAAACUACAGAUGCAGUCUUCAAAAGUGAGGACUAUAACAAAAAAGUCUUCGUUCAAACUCAACUCUUUGAAUUGUUGAAAGCAGCAGAAGCAGAAAGCAAGCUAAAACAAGUGUAUAUACCCAACUAUAACAAGCCAAACCCCAACCAGAUCAAUGUAAAUAAUGUCAAACCAGGAGUGGUAAAUGGUACUGGAGUACAGGCACAGAACACGGGAGCAGGACGGGCCUGUGAGAGCUGUUAUACCACACAGUCUUACCAGUGGUAUUCUUGGGGUCCCCCUAACAUGCAGUGUCGCCUCUGUGCAUCCUGUUGGACGUACUGGAAGAAAUACGGUGGCUUGAAAAUGCCAACACGGUUAGAUGGGGAGAGACCAGGACCAAACCGCAAUAAUUUGAGUCCUCAUGGUGUGCCAGUACGAAACAGUGGAAGUCCCAAGUUUGCUAUGAAGACACGACAAGCUUUCUAUCUCCAUACAACAAAACUGACAAGAAUUGCCAGACGUUUAUGUCGAGAUAUCUUGCGCCCUUGGCAUGCUGCAAGACAUCCCUAUCUGCCUAUUAACAGUGCAGCAAUCAAAGCAGAAUGCACAGCACGUUUACCUGAGGCGUCAGAAAACCCAUUGCUAUUAAAACAAGUGGUUCGAAAGCCUUUAGAAGCAGUACUCCGGUAUUUAGAGUCUCAUCCAUGUCCUCCGAAACCAGAUCCUGCAAAGAGCUUGUCCAGUUCUCUCAACAAUCUGACUCCUGCUAAGUUUACGCCUGUCAUUAAUAAUGGGUCCCCAACUAUCCUGGGAAAAAGAAGUUAUGAACAACACAAUGGAAUGGAUGGCAACAUGAAGAAGCGCCUGUUGAUGCCUAGCAGGGGAACUUACUUAGGUCUGCCUAACCACGGACAAACCAGACAAAUGGGACCAAGCCGAAACUUGCUGCUCAAUGGGAAAUCAUACCCAACAAAAGUCCGAUUAAUUCGUGGUGGAUCCAUGCCUCCAGUGAAAAGGAGGAGGAUGAACUGGAUUGAUGCACCAGAUGAUGUUUUUUACAUGGCCACUGAAGAAACCAGGAAAAUCCGCAAGCUGCUUUCCUCCUCUGAAGCCAAGCGAGCCGCCAGACGCCCUUACAAGCCUAUUAUCCUCCGGCCCAUCCAGGCAGUGCAGCUACGCCAGCCCAUGAAUGAUGAACCCAUAAUCAUUGAGGAUUAACACACGCUGAGCAGCUCUCCGGAUGGCGGUGGAUCUGCCUGAAAGAAUCUCUCCUCCAAUAUAUACUUGAGUUUCUAUGGCUACAGCAUUGAACUAACUGUUGAAGAGAGGGAACUUUUGAGGAACUGUUUUGCAUCUUUUAAACCCUUAAAAGGAACUUGGCCCUGCUCUGAGCCUCUGACCACAGACUGCUCUCUCUCUCGCGCGCGCUCUCUCUCCUUCUCUCUCCUUUCUUUUUUUUCUUUUUUUUUCUUUUUUUUUUUUAAUUUUCAGUAGCCUCUUUUCCCCUUUGCUUCUACCCCUUUUGUAGACGGGGGGAGGGAAAGUAAGUUUAACUUAUUAAGAGAAUGUGGACUAGUACUUUUUAGCUUUGUUUCCUCUUC